AAAUGACAUCGCAGCUUUUGCAUAUAUUCCAGUAAUUUUUAUGCUUCGUUGAAAUUAGGAGUUCCAAUUUCUUCUAAAAUCUUUGCCCAAUUCUUCCCCAAAUUUUCUGCACAUUAACGGUCUUCCCCGCGAGAUUAUUCCAGCUUCCACCCAAUUUCCUUGUCACUGUUCAUCUUCAAUUUCUCUGCUUAUUUUGUAUCAAGGUUUCAUUUCUUGCUCUUAAUCGCGAAGAAAUCCUCCACCACCGAUUGAGUUUUCAGACCCUUUGUAUUCUUUGUUCGCUUAGUGAGAAUUAACCAUUCUUCAUUCAUUUAUGCCGUUCAAGAACUUUCCCCAUUCCGAAUCUUGAUAUGUGUUCUUCCAAUGAACCCAAAUCUUCAAAAGCCCAGACCUUUAAUCAAAUUCCUCCACACCAUGAAUUCAUCUUCGUUCAAAAUCAUCUGGGUUCAUCUUAUUUUCUUUCUUCUGUUUACUUCACCGUCGUUCUCUGCUCCUCUGUUUACCAACAAUGUUACCCUGUACGGUGACGCUGCUUACAAGAAUGGUUCAAUUAGGCUUACUCAAAAUCACGAGUGUGUUUCUUCUACCUUAUCGCCGCCACCAGAAUCAGAGACUCUUACUACUCUUUCUGGGAUUGGCCGAGCGUUUUAUGUGAACCCAAUUCGGUUUCUUGAUUCUUCAACCAACGCCACGGCCUCUUUUUCUUGUAGCUUUUCGUUCACCAUUACAUCGACCCCUUCUUGCUCUUUUGGUGAUGGGUUUGCGUUCUUGAUUACUUCCAAUAUGAAUUCCUUAAGCAUCAAUAAUGGUUGUAUGGGGCUCCCGGAAGACGUUUCCGGCAGCCAAGACUCAUACGUUGCAGUUGAAUUUGAUACUAGUUUUAACCCCUUUUUUGAUGAUGUUAAUGGGAACCAUGUGGGCAUCGAUGUGAGGAAGAUCAAAUCUGUGGCUUCGGUUGAUGUGGUUUCAAGAGGGAUUGAUCUAAAGGCUGGAAAAGAAAUGACUGCUUGGAUUGAGUACAGGGAUUCAGAGAAGAUGAUCAGGGUUUGGGUUGGUUACUCCCAGAUAAGGCCACUUAAUCCUGUUCUUGUUGCUGGGGUUGAUUUUUCCAAUGAAUUUCAGGAGUUUAUGCAUGUGGGUUUCAGUGCUUCGGUUGGAGGGGGGUCAUCAGUUUAUAGUGUUAGUAGUUGGCGAUUUAAGACUUUCUGGUACAGGUCUACCACAAUCUCUAUGGAUACUGUUGAAGAAGGGGACUGUUUGAUGUGUUUGCCUGAGGAUUUCAGGGAAUAUAAGGAUUCUAACCUUCCAAAUAGGUGGAAUUUAUGGUUGAUUCUUCUUGUUGGGGGUUCAGUUGCAAUCUUUGUUCUAGUCACAGCUUCUGUAAUGUUUUCUGUGCUCAUGGUGAGGAAGAGAAGGAAAAUUAGGAGAGGAAGAAAGGGAAAGCAUAUUGUUCGGUUCCAUGGUAGCAAAGUUCCCAAAUACUUGUCGCUCUCUGAGAUAAAAGAAGCUACAAAAGGAUUCAAUGUAGACAGAAUCAUUGGAGAAGGGGCUUCAGCAGUGGUGUAUGAAGGAACUAUUCCCUCUUAUGGAAAUGUUGCAGUCAAAAGGUUUAAGGACCAAGGGAAAAGCUUAGGCACUUCACUGGAUUCAUUCGACAAUUCAUCACGGGUGCCAUUCGACAAUGAAUUCGCCACAAUGGUGGGGUGUGUGAGACAUAAGAACCUAGUUCAGCUCAAAGGAUGGUGCUGCGAGAAGAAUGAGCUAGUCCUGGUUUAUGAGUACAUGUCCAAUGGAAGCCUGGAAAAAAUUUUGCAUGGUCAUAGCAAUGUUGCCAAGUUCCUCACUUGGGAGACAAGACUAAACAUUGUUCUUGGUGUUGCCUCAGCCCUGGUGUAUUUGCACGAGGAGUGUAUAAAUCAGAUAAUACACAGAGAUGUUAAGACCUGCAAUAUAAUGCUUGAUUCUGAGUUCAAUGCCAAACUUGGAGAUUUUGGUCUGGCAGAAGUUUAUCAGAAGAGUCCCAGAACUAGAGAUGCCACAGUUCCAGCUGGAACAAUGGGAUAUCUUGCGCCUGAAUACGUCUUUACUGGCAUUCCAACAGUGAAAACCGAUGUUUACAGCUUCGGUGUUGUGGUACUGGAGAUUGCAACAGGGAGGAGGCCUGUUGAUGAAGACAGAACAGUUAUCACUGAUUGGGUUUGGGACUUAUGGGAGAAAGGGAGACUAAUCGAGGCAGCAGAUCGUAGACUUAACAGGCGAUUUAGCAGAAGAGGAAUGGAAAGGAUGCUGAUGGUUGGACUUUGCUGUGUGCACCCUGAUUGUCAGAAAAGGCCUACUGUAAGAGAAGCAACAAGUAUGCUGCAAGGCGAAGCGCCAAUCCCACCUUUGCCUCCAAGGAAGCCUAUUGUCAAGAUUCACUCUGUUCUUCCAGAGGGUUUUGAGGAAAUAAUGAGGUUUGAAUCAGAAUUGGAUGGCACUCCUUGGUCUACUCCUAGAACUGAAUUUAGCAGGACAUAACUUGCUCAGCAGCACACUCUUAAAUGUACAGAUAGAUAUUUGCAAGAUGAUCUCCAUUGGAAGACAUGAUUCUUUACUUUUUCUCUGGGUUCAGAAACUUGAUGUUGUAAUGUCCUGGUAGUCGAAAACCAGAAAGCUUCAUCAUUGGUUAGUGCUGCUACAUUCAAAGGGCUAUCAUGUAAUUGUCUUCUGUUCAGUAACAGCCUUUGAGUCUUCUUCAUUCCUGCACUGCUUUAUGAACAUAGGAGCAACCUCUUGAAAUUUUCAGAUAUUUUUAACUUGUUUCAUAGCUAGUUGUCUCAUAAUUCGCAACUUUAGAGCUCAUUUUCUCUAACC